AUGGCUCGCAACGCAGAGAAAGCGCAGUCCAUGCUCUUCCGAUUUCGUGAGCAACAAGCAAACGAUCUCGGAAUCCUCGACAUAUCUCGCACGAAGCGACCAAAGGCCAUAUCCCAGCAAGACCAUGUUCCGACCUGUGAGAGAUGGCGUGGACAAGUACUGAAAGAGAUCAGUCGCAAAGUCUCCAAAAUCCAAGAUCCGGCCCUCAGCGACUAUCAAGUGCGCGACAUCAACGAUGAGCUCAACAAAUUGUUCAGAGAAAAGUGGCAUUGGGAGGUACGGAUCCGGGAGUUGGGUGGACCAAACUACAUGCGAGGGGGGUCAAAGAUGCUGGAUGAUGAAGGGAGGGUGAUUGAGGGCGGUGGGAAAGGCUACAGAUAUUUUGGACGGGCGAGGGAAUUGCCAGGUGUGAAAGAGCUGUUCGAGGCAGCGACGCAGAAGCCGGAGAAAGAGAAGAGCGAGACGAGACAUGACCUGCGAUUGAAGGUUGAUGCGGGCUACUACGGAUACAAUCUGGACGAGGAGGACGGCACUCUGCUCAAGUACGAGGCUCAGAAGGAAAAAGAGGCGUUCGAACUUCUCAUGAUGGAAGAGGAUGAUGUCAAGGAUGGAGAGUGGGAAGCCUUGCCGGGUGAUGCAGGAGAUGGUGUUCCAUGGAGGCUACCCACAGCAGAGGAGGUCGAGGCCGAAUUGCUGGAAAGGCGAAAGCGCAAGUUGUUGGACAAGCUUUGAGAUACUGUUGAGCUUCCUGUUCCUGGAGUGUAUCAACUGAAAACGCUGCCCUCACUGGGAUGUGGCCAAGAGACGCCGAAAUUGCGCAGUUUACGGCAUCUUUGAGCAUCUGGGCUUCUGCUAUCGCUCCAUCACUCGAGGGCCGCUCUAUUGCAGCGCGAUCUGUGCCGACAUUGAGGAGUUCAAUGCGCUUUGGUCUCUUUGAUCGCGCGUUUGGGCCUGGUCCGACAAGGACCCGCACAGCACUCGCGUCGAGACGUUGUCGGUCAGCAACCACAAACCACCGACCGUCGAUCAAUAAAAGAAGUGCGCAGUGAAAAGUCGCGGAAUGUGCUUCAUAUGGCCUGCCGGAGGUUGCCCGCACAGGAUUGAAAUUUGAUGAUGCGCAGCGGAGAUUCCAUC